AUGAAUAAAUGGCAUUUGGCUAUGAUCGCAGGAUUUCUAUCCUCCAAAUAUGCAAUUAUUGAUAAGAAGAGUAUUACUAUGGAGUCUCUAAAGUCCAGUCAGAUACAAUAUUUACAAAAGAAAAUUAGUUCUAAAGCACUACAUUCUGUGCUUUUCAAAUGUGUGGAUGAACCUAAUGUUGAUUUACCUGCAUCCUCAGAAUGGCUAUCUAAUGGAAAUAAUGGGCCACGAAGCGAAGCAUUGUAUUGUCUUCUGCAAGAUCGAAACUUGUUCUUUGCAUCCGCUGACUCAUUAUGCAAUCAUUGUAAGAAAAGCAAGAAAACUGUUGACCACAUGGCUACUCAGUGUGGUAAAAUGCUCAACAGUGAUUAUCUCCGGAGACACAACGAAGUUGUGAAGUGUAUCCACCUUAACUUGUGCCGAAUGUAUGGACUCAAAAAAGCAAGACGAUUGAAGGGACAUUCUGUUCAGUCAACACUGUCGACGGGAAAAGUUGAAAUCAGGGUUGAUUGUACAAUUCUCACCGAAACAAAAGUAGAAUAUAACAAGCCAGAUAUCUUUGUCCACGACAAAGUCAGAAACGAAAUAAAUCUAAUUGAAGUGGGUAUUACUUCACAGGAUCGCCUCAAGCAAGUGGAGGUUGAAAAGUGUCACAAGUAUGACCUAUUGGCAAGAACGAGGACAUACAUCCAAUCCGUUGUACUGAAAAGAACGCUCGAGAGUAUGAUGAUCGAACACAAGCACGGAAUGAAGGUAUCUGGUGAAGAAUACGCUUCUGCUUCCAACCGGUAUGUGGAGAUGGCAUGCAAAAAUGAAGACGACCCAAUGAAUGCUAAAGAAGAUGCAAUGGUUGAAUCAGAUGUGGUAGUGGGGAGUAAGAGGCAGCUGGAAGUAGACUCUUCUUCCAAGAGAAGGAGAGUGGAUAUCAGCGAGCUGGAGUGA